AUGACUAGCUGGGAAUGGAGAAGCCAGAAAGCUUAUGGGGAAGAUUUUGCUUCUGAAAAAGUCCCGACAGAAAAGGCACUGUCAAUAUUUAUGAACGGAAAUGAACAUAAAGAGACUAACAGUCAUGAGAAAGGGUUGGUACGGCGCCCCCUGGAGGCUGGUGUGGGCGCCGCCUGGAGGUUGCUGUGGAGCUUGUUGGUGCACAGCGCUCUGCCCGGGGCUUCCUGGCUGCAUUGCUGCUGCCCCUUCCUGGGGCGGCGGGGCCGGGGUUCCACUUGGCUGCAUUUUCUCGAGAGGCGCCUUUGCUCCUCGGGGAAGUUAGCGGUGCAGCCGCCAAGGCCUCUGCUGCCCAGGUCGCCAUAUUCCCCGUGGGGGCCAGCCAGGGUCUCGUCUCAGGCCACCCACCCUGCUCCGGCAGCCACAGCCUCUCCCUUCCCGCGUCGGGUGGAGGCGAUGGAGCGACCUACAGGCCCAGGGCAGCCGCUGCUCCCCAAGCAGCAGAUGGGGUGGAGGAGAAAGAUACCAGGAAGCAGAAGGUCCCCGCCGCCGGAGGAGGGUCAGCCCGCCGCUGCGCCCACUGGUUCCUGCCCGCGAGCAGCUGCCGGGACCCUCCCUGCCAUGUUGUUCCCUGGAAAGCAGGAAGGCUCUCGGGCCUGCAGGGAAGGACACUUUCUUCCUCACUGUGGUGAAGCCCUUUAUUGUCCUGACCCCACAGUUCCUGUCCCAUGACCAGGGCAAGCUCACCAAGGAGCUGCAGCAGCACGUAAAGUCAGUGCCAUCCCCCAUUCGAGUACCUG